GAGUCGGAAGCGGAUCGAAACGUCGAGUGAUGGAGGGAAAAUGGUGGUUUGGUUCUUCGAAUUUAUAUGGCUUUUCUGGAUUUUGACAUCUUCUGAAGCGAGAUCCACGCAUACCAGAAAAAUCCAAGCUGUUGGUCAAUCUGCCUACGCUGGUUCGUAUGGCAGCCGUACUACAGGAUUUUUCCAUGGUGUAGGGCAGGGAAAGCCGCCAAGAAAUAGAGAGAACCUUCAAGGGAAGAAAAAGAAUGAAGGGAAAAAUAUUCAAAUGGAAUUUAAGCGAAAAGUUUCCUCUUUCAAGUCGACAGAAAGCGCUACUACGAUCGCUCGUGAAAUCAACAGCAACCUUACAGCGGGUCACCGUGAGGACCUGCCGGAAAUUUAUAUUUUAGUGUUGAACCUGGCCACUGGGCUCAAGAACUUUAGCAAGUCAACCAGGAAACAGUUUACAUCUCUUCUUUCCAAGAACUUAGGGCUUCAUGAGCAAAGCUGUGUAAUUCUUCAUGUCUCUCCAAUUUCCCUUAGAAGGAUCCAAAUUGAACUUUCUUGUGAAAAAGACAUGGUUAAAGCUAUGGGUUCAGAGUGGGAGCCUAAUGUAUUUAUUCCAGCCAACAAAAUGAUCCAGACCUUAGACAGCCCAAGGAUGCAGCCAUUUUUGCGAGAAUUCAACAUAACUGCUUAUGGAAUCAAGGAAACCCCUGAAAUAGACCUUGCUGUUUAUCAGGAAAUGUGGUUUCCUGUGGCAGUUGUGGCUGGUGUGACAGUUAUUCUUAUAUUUCUGGCUAUUGUUUGCCUGCUGUUUUGCCGACGUCAUCUAGAAGCCAAGGCUGAAGAAGAACAUCGUACACAACAGCUUGAUCCAGAGAAGCUUCUCUAUCCUGCUGUUGACCCUGCAAACAACAUGUCAGCAAGCAUGAUACAGCCUGAUGCAGGAAGGGUGUAUACGAUAACAGGUUUACCCCCCAAGGCAAGAAAAUGGAAAGGGUCUCAGUUAUCCUUAUCAGACAGACGCGGCUCCAAAGCAUCUCUGGUCUUAGAUCUCAACAGAUCAUCAUCAACUGAAUUAGGACCCAGCUCUUCUGCUCCAAGUAUAUUAGAAAGUCCCACAGAAGAAAAACUAGCUUCUAAAUCCAGGUCUUUAACUUGCAAUGAAUUGGAAAACUGUGUAAAUGAACCCAAGAAACUUUAUGCCGAAUUUUGGGAAAUGCCAAUGAAUCAUCCUCCUCCAGAAGAGAGGAUUCCUGGUUCCAGUUACAGAAAUAGAUACCCAUUUGUUUUACCAAAUAGUAGAAGUAGAGUGAAUCUACCUGAAAUACCAGGAGAUGCUUUAUCUCUUUACAUUAAUGCAAAUUUUUUGAAGGGUUACGAGGGUCGAAAGCAAGCUUACAUAGCCACCCAAGGUCCAUUGUCAGUUACAGUAAAAGAUUUUUGGAGAAUGAUAUGGCAUCAUCAAUGUCCAAUCAUUGUUAUGAUAACAAAACUUAAAGAAAGAAAUGAGACAAAAUGUGAACAAUACUGGCCUGAUCCAACAUUCCGAACACAAGAGAAGUAUGGAGACAUUGUUGUCACUUUUGACUCUGUAAUUGGACGAGAUGGGUAUCAGAUCACUUCAUUUUACAUCAGUCAUUCACAGUCAUUGGAAGCUCCUCGGAGAGUUUACCACUACUGGUACACAGCAUGGCCUGAUCAUGGUGUCCCUGACUCACCAAGACAAUUUUUAAGAUUAGUAGAGGAAGUGCAUAUUGCUCAGGAGAGAGAGGAUGUCAAAGAAGGGCCUGUUGUUGUUCAUUGCAGUGCUGGAGUUGGAAGAACAGGAUGCUUUAUUGCAGCUAGUAUAGGAAUUGAACAGAUCAAGAAAGAAGGUCUUGUAGACAUUCUAAAGAUAGUGAGCCUUAUGAGAAUAGACAGGGGUGGUAUGGUGGAGAAUGAAUCACAGUAUGAGCUUAUUUACAAUGCUCUUUAUCAUUUUUGGACAACACGUACUGGGAGUGAUGACGACACCCGCGACAUAGCACUUGAAGCAAUCUUUGAUGAAUAAUCCAUGACAAAUGCAAUGAUUACACAUACUUUUUUUGGAAUUCCUCCGACAUGCUGGUCAUGGAAGAUAUAAUGAUUAGGUGAAUUGUACAGAUCAGUUAUGGCUAUCAUCCAUCAAAGUGUGCGCUGAGAGGAGUGACUAACACAUAUCACUUUUCAUAAAAACAAAAAUUUAAGAUGUGGAUUAAGGUGUUUUUUUUAUUAUUAUUUCAAUGGGUGGAUCAGCAGUAACUGAACCACUGUGAAGUUUUCAUCAAGAAUUUGUCCUCAGCUGUUAGCUUGUGUAAGGCUGACAUGAACAAUUCGUUACCUCAAAUAAUGAUGUCUCACAACAUGCCACUGGAAAAAAUAUUUGCAAAAGCAUGGAGUACAACAAACAGUUCAGAGCUUGUCAACACAGGAAGGUUCCAAAUUUCUGAACUUCUGACCAGUCAGUUUAUAUCUGUUUGAAGUUCUGUGGAAAUAGUAUCAGCUGCCAUCCUGCUUUUCAUGAGGUUCAUACCAGUUUGUGGAGGGACUGUUCCAUGUUCUGUUUUGAACAAGCUCAGUAUAUAGAAGGGUAUAGUGAAGAGGUGUACAAAUAUUAGACAUGUCCCUUGCAGGCCAAGGGACAAAUAACAAAUUUUUUGCAGCAAGGAAUUUUUCAUUGAGAUGUAACUCACCUUGUUCUUAGUUCUUUUAUUUGACUCUUCAUCUCUUUAAUUUAUGAAGUUGCCUUGAUUCACCUAAUGCUUGGAAAACUGCAGUUUUAGUCGAACAACUGAUUACUACAGUAAUAGUCAAACCAUGAUCCACAAGAGGGAUUUUCUCCAAACAUUUUCUGGAAGACUUCACAAUAUUUUUUAUGGUUUGGAUGGAACUGAGUCAGAAGUCAGGUUUCUUGAUUGCUUCUAAAAUGGCAAGAGUGAGAAUGAAGAUGAACAAGAGACAAGCUUGUAACCCUAUAGUAUUAUCACUGACCUCAUCCCCACUGUCAUCAUUGAGGUCAUUAUUUGUGUUGCCAUUAUCAACACCAUUAUCAUGGCUGUAAUCGCAAUGUUAUGGCCUAGGGACAUGUUUAUCACCUCUGUGUGCAGCUUCAACUUCAGCCAAGAAAACACUUCCUUCCCAGUGCUCACAGAUGACUACUUCUGCAUUCUGUGGUCUACCAUAAACACUUCCUUGAAAGACUUCACAAAGUGGCCUUUGUAACACCUCUUUGCAUGUUAGCCAUAAUUUGAUCUUGUUGAGAUUUUGACCAGAAACAAAUUCACACUCUUAAUUUUUGAUCUUUGAAAGGGAAAAAGGAUCUCAUCAUCUUAACCCUAUAACUCCCAGAUCAAAUUUGUAAUUCUCCUUACUGUCAACCAUACAACUCUU